AUGGGCUCCGUGCUGCCCGCAGACGCCCUAGCUCUCAAGUCUGGAUUUAAGUGUCCCGGCCGCUCUCUGUCGGACGUGAUCACCUCGGACAUCCUGCACAGCUUCCUGUACGGCAGGUGGAGGAACGUGCUGGGCGAACACCUGGCGGAGGAGCGCCAGAGCAGCAGCUGCACCAAAACCGCCUUCACGGCCGAAGUGCUGGCCCAGUCCUUCACUGGAGAGGUGCAGAAGCUCUCCAGUCUGGUGCUGCCCAGCGAAGUGAUCAUCGCGCAGAGCUCCAUCCCCGGAGAAGGUCUGGGCAUCUUCACCAAGACCUGGAUCAAGGCAGGGACCGAGAUGGGCCCCUUCACGGGUAGACUCCUGUCCCCUGAGCACGUGGACCUGUUCAAGAACAACAACCUGAUGUGGGAGGUGUUUAAUGAAGACGGCACGGUGAGGUACUUCAUCGAUGCCAGUCAGGAGGACCACCGCAGCUGGAUGACCUACAUCAAGUGCGCCCGGAACGAGCAGGAGCAGAACCUGGAGGUGGUGCAGAUCGGCAGCAGCAUCUUCUACAAAGCUGUGGAGACCAUCCCACCAGACCAGGAGCUCCUUGUCUGGUAUGGAAACACCCACAACACGUUCCUGGGGAUCCCUGGAGUUCCUGGAAUAGACGAGGAACACCUGAAGAAAAGCAGAAGUGAUGAGACCCACUCUUGUGACGGACCUUCCUCGUGCUCCCCGUCCUCCUCCUCCUCCUCUUCUUCCUCCUCCACCUCCUCCUCCUCCUCCUGCGCCGUCGCCUCCACCGCAGGCCGGAUGCGCUGCGUCAUCUGCCACCGCGGCUUCAACUCCCGCAGCAACCUGCGCUCCCACAUGCGCAUCCACACGCUGGACAAGCCCUUCGUGUGCCGCUUCUGCAACCGCCGCUUCAGCCAGUCGUCCACGCUGCGCAACCACGUGCGCCUGCACACGGGAGAGCGGCCCUACAAGUGCCACGUGUGCCAGAGCGCGUACUCGCAGCUGGCGGGCCUCAGGGCGCACCAGAAGAGCGCGCGGCACAAGCCGGCGGCCACCAGCGCCGACGGGCCCCCUCAGGUGUCCCCACCUCCUCCUCCCCCGCAGAUGGCCCCCAUCCCGCACCAAAUGCCCCUGGUGCGCCACAUCCCCACCAUGGUGCUAUGA